UGACGACACAAAGGACUGUGAAGAAGAAAAUAGGCCAAUAAAUGUUCCAUGUCCUGCGAUUGAAGUUGAACAACCUUCUGUUCCUAGCCUUCAUUCAUUUUGUGUCGAAAAUGAUAAUAGUUUAAACAGUGAUUCAUCACUUUCACCCUUUAACCCAAUUUUUGCUUCAUCAUUUUUAAAAGGAGAUGGGCAUUCUCUUAACACGGCGAUUUUAAAAAGAGCUGAAGGUCCUGUUAGCCCAAACAUUAAGAGGUGUCAGAAAUCAAAAGACCAUACUAAUGAUUCAUUUUCCAAGAGCGAUAGGCAGUCUUUUUGUCCAAACAUCGGUUCGCUGUAUUCUGAGAGAUUUCAGAAACAUCUAGGCCAAAUUAAUGAUAUGUCAGUUUCCAAGGGAAAUGAGCAGCCUCUGAGUCCAAUCACAGGUUUGUCAUAUUCUAAGAGAGGUCAGAAACCUCUUAGUCCACACCUUGUUCGUAUCAGUCCAAUCCCCAUUCCUUCACUUCCCACAGAAGCUGAAAUGGCCGACGUUCCAUUUUCCUCUCUGUCGCUGUGUAAGAGACAGGAACAGUACAACAGAGAAGUGUUGGAAGACGAUACUGUUCUUCCACAGCAGCUACCUGCGGCUGAAGAUUUGAAUGAAGUGGGUGUUCAAAGUUUUGGUUUCAAACAGAAUGCUAAAAGAGUAUCUAAGAAUAAAACAAAAAAUAAGGAAAAUAUCGAACCUACCGUUGUCACCAAACAGAAAGAGAAAUUCAAGAAGAGAAAUACCAGCUUCGAUCUGGCCAAUGAUGGAACUUCUUCACGUGAUGACAGGACCAUGACAAUACAGAAAACAAUUGAAGCUGGUGAUAAAGGAUUGACUUUGGCAGAUGAUGAUGUCAGCCAAGCGUUGCAACUGACAGAAAGUCGUGCUGACUUCGUAUAUGCCACUACCACUACGUGGAAAGUUGUGAACCCGUGUACAACACAGGCAGGAGGCUGCAUGACAGAUUUCAUACACAAGUCAGCUCAAGUUAUUGAAAACAGUUUCACGCAGGCGUUCUUGAAAGGCAGUGAGAAGAGGAAGCUGCUGGUAACAGAUUACAUUCAGAACAUGGAGUCAGAAAUGGAGAAAAUUGAGAGCAAUGUCAAACACCUCGACCAGCAGGAAGCUCGCUUGCAGAAGCUGGAAAAUUACGUUAAACACUCGUUCAGAUUGCAGCACAACUACUUGAAUGAGAUAUCAGACAGCAAGGACCAUGUUAGUAACUGCCACUAUCAUUUCAAUAAGUACUGGCAAGAGAUGGAGAAUGAGCAGCGAGCUUUGCCGUUGGCAGAGACGGACGGAGACUUGAAGCGACAGUUGCAAAACCUGAUUGCAAAGAAACUUGAGGAAGAAAGCAAGAAUGAUGUGACUAAACUCAGGGUCAGACUGCAAACUAUUCUAAGCUCCAUGUGAGAUGUGUGUUCAGAAUACACCUCACAUAUUUUCCUUCAUUCACUGUGAUAAAACGUUGAUUUUUUUUUGUAGAAAUUUAGCAGUGAAAUAUGUAAAAAGGUGAAGUUUGGGACCUAGAUUGAAAUUAUUAAGUUUUAACUCUUCUAGCAGGGCCUUUUGAAUACUUACACACUGUGUAACCACAGGGGGUUUAAAUGCCGGCUUGAAGGGUUUCCAAAUAUAUCUGUUGUACUGAAAAACUGGUGAUUAGUGUUAAUUCACUGCCCAGUCAAAUGUUUAUUUUUAUGUAAUAGUGAAACAGCAGUGUGACUGUAAGGAUAUGGUUUUGACAUUUCAAUUUACUUCCUGGAAGAAACAUUGCCGGCUCUUGUACAUGUUAUGUUACUUUGUUUUUGUGUUAAUGUCACUAAUUUAUUGCUGUUUGUCAUAUAUUCACAGAACAUUGAAAGUUUUUCAAAUACAAAUAUCAAGUGUUGUGACAUUUAUUGGACUGUAGCAAACAAAAUUCUGAAUUCUACUUAAUAUAGUGGGAAUUUCUUUUAUUAAUGUGUAAUAUAAGUGAUUGAAUGGUGGAUUAACAUUAUCAGUAAGGUUUUUUUAUUGUGUUAGGCAAUCUUCUGGUAUGUAUGCUUGUGGUGACACGUAAGUGCUGAUUGUCUUCACUGAUUACUUUUCAGUUUUAUUACUCUUUAUUCUGUUUCACACUAGUUUAUAUUUUAAAGGUACUACAAUAAAAUUGUUUUGUUGUGCAAGUGCUAUA